UGGGCUUUUAAAUUCCUGCUGUGAUUGUAAAACACUUUUAGUUUCAGGAGAAGAGACAGAGUGUCAAUAAGGGUAAGAUGCUGUGCUUUGCACUAUAACGGCUUAAAAGACUCUCAAUGACUGCCACCAUAACCGCACCAGACUGCCACAGCCAUGUAUUGGCAGAGUUUGAUUCCCUUGACCCUUUACUAUCUGCUCUGCGGUUGGAUUCAAAUAGAUUAAAGUGCACAUGUCUAUCCAUCUCUCGGAAAUGGCUGGCCCUAGGAAGUUCUGGAGGAGGGCUGAAUCUCAUUCAACGAGACGGCUGGAAGCAGAGACUCAUUCUUACACACAAGGAAGGUGCUAUAUCGCAUGUUGCUUGCUGCCCCCACGAUGAAGACUAUGUUGCUGUGGCUACCAGCCAAGGGAUUGUGGUAGUUUGGGAAUUAAACCUGGAGCGGCGCGGGAAACCAGAGAGAAUUUAUGUGUCUUCUGAGCACAGGGGUCGGAAGGUGACUGCCCUCUGUUGGGACACAUCGGUACUGCGUGUCUUUGUUGGAGACCACCUGGGUAAAGUCACUGCCAUCAAGCUUAACUCCUCCAAACAAGGAAAGGCAGCAGCUGCUUUUGUGAUGUUUCCAGUACAGAUCAUAACAACUGUUGACUCUCGUGUAGUCCAGCUGGAUUAUUUGGAUGGUCGCCUACUUAUAUCCUCCCUGGCGCGAUCUUACUUGUGUGACACGGAAAGAGAAAAGUUCUGGAAAAUUGGCAACAAGGAGAGAGAUGGUGAAUAUGGGGCCUGUUUUUUCCCUCCCGGAAAGCAUUCUGUUGGCCAGCAGCCACUCAUAUACUGCGCUCGCCCUGGGUCCCGGAUGUGGGAAGUCAACUGUGACGGAGAAGUGCAAAGUACGCAUCAGUUCAAGCAACUCCUAACAUCACCACCUCUGCCGAUUAUUAACCAACGGUCUGACCCUCAGUACAGCUGUUCCCCAGGUCAGCCCCAGUCUCUAGCAUUUUCAAAACUUUUGUACUUAAGCGAGCACAGUGUGAUAACAUGGACGGACCGUGGCAUUUACAUCUUUAUCCCUCAGAAUGUGCAGGUUCUGCUCUGGAGUGAGGUCAGAGAUAUCCGAGACAUCGCUGUGUAUAAGAACGAGUUGUUUUGUCUGCACCUUGACGGAAAGGUCUCACACCUAUUCCUAUUGCCGGUAGAGAAAUGCGUUGACCGGCUAAUAAAGAGAAAUUGCUGGGAAUCGGCUGCCAAAGCUUGUCGGGUUUUCCAGAACACCGUAGCUACCAGCAGAGCAAGGAAAACCUUACCCAUUGAUCGGCUGGAAUAUCUCAAAGCACAGCUAGACCUUGUAACUCAGCACGAUCUUAUCUCACACCUAGAGGAGAUCAUCACAAAGCUGGAGCCCUCGGACUCUGCGUGUAGCAGCAGACGGAGCAGCAUCUCAUCCCACGAAAGUUUCAAUGUGUUGGACUGCGGGAUCUACCGAGUAAUCAGUCGAAGGAACAGCCAGUCCGAUGACGAAACGGGGUCUUUACACAGCCAGUCACUGUCCGAGGACGAGAGAUUUAGAGACGUGUUCUCACAGCCUGAUGAAGAACAGACAGAUUUGGACAAUGUAUCUCAUGCAUCUUUGACGGUCGACGCUGAACACAAUGAGCCUUUGCUCCCAUUUAACAUCUCAUUGCCAUUCCGUUCAACAUCUCCCCGCCUAUCACUCCAAGCCGUCAGAGAAAGUGUAUCAAGCUUUGUUAAAAAAACCUCUGACAGAAUCGGAUCCCUUCACAUGAGCCCCGACACCCGACCUAGACCCGACAUAAAAGAACAUGUCCAGGAAGUCGCUCCACCAGUGGUAACACAAAUAGCGGUUGAGAAACCAGAACCGGAACCUGCACAGCCGUCUAAAGAAGAAAUCCAUCUGGAAGCUCUGAAACAUGCCACUGCCACGGCCAUGUGCAAUCUUCAAGAUUGUCAGGUCGUAUUCAGUCCAGAAUCCAUUGGGAAGAUCUUACAAGAAUGGCUUCAGUAUAUGGAGAAGGUCUUUAAUGGGGAGAAGCCAAAUGAACAAACGUCAUGUGAGGUCCAACAGGAUGAGGAAGACCCAAGUACUGUCCUCCACGAGAUCUCCGCAUUAUCAUCUGAAGACAAUGAAGACUUAUUUUCUGGUGAAUUGACAGAGACUGUAGACUCCAAUGAAGGAAACCCUGUGGUCCUUCAUGAUACCGAGCUGGAAGACAAACUGCUUUUCCGUGUUCAUACUCCUGUCACCGUAGAAGAGAACCUGCACAAGGACUUGUCCCAGUUAAUCAUGUUGUGUCUGGAAUUCAGAACAUUUUCUACAGAGAAGAGUUUGGAUCCAGAGACAUCUGGAGUAAAUGCACUCGCCUGUCGCUUCAUUAAGACUUACUUUUUCCUUCUGGACUUGAAAAGGCUGAAACGAAGUAUUAUUUUUAACUAUAAUGGCUGCUUGGACGUCUGGAAUACAUACAUGGAAGGGUUAAAAGAGCUGAUUGGACAAAGUCCAGUGGCUGUGGCAAUAGAAAAAGAAGACUUGUUGACUUCAAUCCAGAUUUUAAGCCGAAUGGAGCCCUGGGAUAGUCCAUUUCUGCUAGCUCACGUCUCCAGGAUUUAUGAGCGGUUUGGGGAACGGGCUGCCAGAUUGUUUAUUAAAUUCUAUCCUUCCAUCCAGCCUGGGGACGUGAUGCAGCUCUGCAAAGCGAACCCAGGACAUUUUUUGGGCUACCUGGACAAUCUUAUUAAAGCCAAGCCCGCAGAGCAAAGGUUAUCUUUUUUGCAAUCUCUUGUUCAACCAGAAUCCUUAAAACUGGAUUGGCUGUUACUGGCGCUUACACAUGAUGCACCUCAAACUAACAAUACUCUGGACGAUGCAGGAAAUCCACGUCCUCGCGCACACCUCUAUACGUGGGGGUACGGAGCACUUAUAAACCUUUUAAUUAAGCUGCCAGCAGACUUUGCAACCAAAGAAGAGAUGGUAACAGCCUGCAAAACUUAUGGAUACUGGUCGGGGUAUUUAACUCUUUCGUUGGAGCUGGAUAGGAGGCUGGAGGCGCUAACCAGUAUUGUUUAUCUUGAUGACCUGAGUCUGAUUGAUGAGAAUAAUGGUGUGCUCCCAGAGACCCCGGAUGAGUGGAAAAUGACACUUCAUCUAGCAAAAUCCUGCAAUGUGGAGCACAAGCAUCACGUAACGGACAAUGGCCAUACGCAGACCAACGGCCAUUCUGAUUGGCCCCACUGCAUCACGGUGGAGAACACGGCACUCAUGUUGGCAAAGGUGAUUGGUCCAGAUCGAGCGUGGCCGUACCUGCAGGAUUGGGGUCUCACUGAGAAUGUUUCUGAGCGAUACGCCAAAGUCUGCGCAGUGAUGAAAGUAGCUGAGACUAGGCAGAGAGCAUUGUUACAAUCCAUGCUGGAAAGAUGUGAACGCUUUUUGUGGUCCCAGCAGGUGUAAAGACUGAGAAACAUCCCUUGUUUCCCUUUUUCCACCCUGCUAUCUAAAACUAGACUAAGGAAUGGAUCGUCUAUUUAAUAUCAUUGAUUCCUGGAAAUGGUGCCACAUUGUAUCCACAGGAGCCAUCAAACAGACGUUCUAAGUGGCCUUACAAACCCCUUUCCAUCUACCAACUUGAAAUGCAGUUCUUUCUCUCCAUGACACCAAUAAUUUGCCUGCUCUCCGUUAUUCUUUAACCCCUUAAGGACACAUGACGUGUGUGACAUGUCACGAUUCCCUUUUAUUCCGGAAAUUUGGUCCUUAAGGGGUUAAACCAAAAGGUCAAAUUUGUAGAAUCUCCCACCUUUUAAAGGCACAAUAUUGGAAUAUGAUGUUAAAGGAAUGAUUUCCCUUAAUGGAUCCAAAUCUACUCUGCACUGAAAUAGAGCUAUGAACUCUUGGAUCUAGAGAUGAACAAAUAUAUUAUGAAUUCAGUAUUGAUCAUGUGAAUUGUUAUCCCUUGGCACAUAAGUAUAAUUUGUCAUCGGUUCAAAGUGAAUUUCAAAUUUUAGGUAAACCUAAACUACAAACAUAGCUGACUUGGAGAGUGUUCCGACUUGGCUUUUUUUGGACUAAAAUAUGAAAUUUAAUACGAAUUCCCAAUAACUCAUAUAAACGUGUGUGUGUGUAAAUGUGUAUAUAAUAUAAUAUCAGACUCCCCAUUUUCGACCACUGAUCCCAGUGGCUGGCGGCUUAGAUUGGGGAUGCUGUAGCCAAACAGCAGGACUCUACUCGUCUGAAUAAAUAUCGUUAAUGACCGCUAGAUUGUGAUAGUGAUGAUUAAUCACAUUAUAUAAUGGAAAAAUAAAGCUAAUAUUAAGUGUUUUUUUUAAUUCAUGCAGUAAACAGUAUGACGAUGCACUCCGAACAAAUACAAUUUUUGCAGGCAGUGGAAGAAUCAUUUUCUCUAUUUUCUCAUUUCCUGCAGUACGGUUUUUUGAAAAACACGCCAUUUAGUAUUUACAUAUAAAGCAAAAAAAGUCUUAAUUUGUAUCAUCCACCGGCCUUGUGUUACCCUCACAAUUUAAUAACAUAAGAGAUAGGAAAGUGCUUUAAACUGACUGUUACUUGCCUAAUCCAUAUCGUGUGCAGAUGCACUU